CUCAAAUCCCAUCUCCUGCUUUUCUCUCUGCUGCUCUCUCCGUUCUUCUUCGCCUCUUUCUCAAUCUCUCACCUUCGAUUCUCCUUCUCGCUUGAAUCUAUCCAUUUCUCUGCCUUGCUUAGAUUCGCAGUCUACUAACCAGGAAGUGGUGGCUUUGGAGGAACGGAAUGGCAUCUGAUUAAUUCCCAAAUCGUGCUGAACUUUUGUGAAUUUUAAUUUCAGGUCCUUUUGGUGGACUGAGAUUAAACUUUCUUGCCGGUUUUGCUGCCAGCGCUGAUGGGUGUCCAGGAAAAGAAUGAAGGCACACUGUCAAACGGCUCAAUUGCUGCAGCUAAUAAUUGCCUUCCCAAGGAUGGGGCACAGUUGGAUCCACUGAUGCGCGUCAGCUCCAUAUCCUCCAACAGUAAUGAAAAUGCUUUGAAGGUUAGGAAGCCUUACACUAUUUCAAAACAAAGGGAAAAAUGGACAGAGGAAGAGCAUCAGAGAUUCCUCGAAGCUCUUAAACUCUAUGGUCGUGGCUGGCGUCAGAUUAAAGAACAUGUAGGCACCAAAACAGCUGUUCAGAUCCGAAGCCAUGCUCAGAAAUUCUUCUCUAAGGUAGUGCGAGAGUCUAGUGGCAGCAAUGAGAGCUCCAUUAACCCAAUUGAGAUUCCUCCACCUCGACCAAAAAGGAAACCAGUGCAUCCUUACCCUCGUAAAGCAGUCGAUUCAAUUAAGGCAAUAUCAGUCGCAAGAGAACCCAAGAGGUCUCUAUCACCAAACCUAUCAGCUGCAGAAAAAGAGACCCAAUCACCCACCUCUGUACUGACUGCAUUUAGUUCGGAUGAUCAAAUUUCUGCGGUUUCGGAGCAACAUAAUAGAUGUCCAUCGCCUAUUUCACAAACUGUUGACAUGCAGUCAGCUAGAAUAUCAUAUGUUCGAAAGGGGGAGUUGUACCUUCCAUCAAAAUCAAAUGGAGGAGAAGAAAAAGGAAUGUUAUCACUCGAAUCAUCCUCAGAGCGGUUCUCAGAAGACUCUUUAACUAUGAAAUUCAAGCGAGGAUCAGCAUGUAAGAAAGUAGAUAACAAGUUGCAUUUCCCAGUUAGAAGUAUAAAGCUUUUUGGAAGAACAGUAAUGGUAACUGGCGACAAACAACCACCCGGUCAUGAUUUUGAAGUCACUAAAUCUUUGGCAUUUGACAGUGACAGUAAGAAUACGUGUGAAGCGUAUGCUGAGAAAACUAUUCAGAUACUACCUUCAAAACAUAUGGAUGUAAAUUUAUCUCUUGGAAUGGAUAACAACGGUGAUUGGAAUAUGUCACCCGGUGGAGCCCCUACGAACACCUUAGGGAAUCAGGACAAAAGUGUCCCUUAUGUUAAAGCCAUGCCUAAUGCUCCUCAAACUUGUUGGUCUUUGUAUCAAAAUGUACCAUUUUUUUAUCUUGCCCAAUCUGAUCAAACUUCAACUGGAACAUGCACUGACCAUGUUAUGGAAGAAAGGAUCCAAAAUGACAAUUUCCUGGAAAGUUCUUGUGCGGAUUCAUGUUCUGGCUCCCCGAGUAAGAAUGAAAACAAAAACCAGAGCCCCGAAGUAAAAUGUCAAGAGCCUUGUCUGGUAGGAAGAGGUAAUGCAAAUGAGAGUAAGAAGGGGUUUGUGCCUUAUAAGAGAUGCUUGGCUCAGAGAGAUACAAGCUCCGCGCUGAUUGUUUCAGAAGAGAGAGAGGGUCGGAGAGCUCGAGUUUGCUUAUAACCUCAGCAACAGAUUUAAGGUCGAUAAAAGCAAAUAACCAACGAUGCUUUGACAUGGGUUUCUGAGUUCUCUCUUUUGCUUGAAAUGAAAAAAAAAAAAAAAAAAAAAAAAAAGGAUGCCUGAUUUGUAGCAUGUCACAUCUAAGGUUAACAGAAGGGACGAAACUGAUGGAGUUGCCCAACAACCUCUCUCCAGGCUAUUCCUUUUUAACAUUGGGGGGAUUUGAAUGACAAUUAUUUAUUCUGUAAAACAGAACGGUGUUGCUCCAUGACUUUUGACAUAUUUGCAAAUCUUACUUCUUGAGGUUUUUAUUUCUA